CAGAAGUUACAGGUGAUCACAAUUCAUCUUGUAGUUGGAAAACUGUUAGGUUACCUAUUAAUUUUAUUUGUCACAUGUACAUACAGUGAAAUGCAUUGUUUUGCAGCAAUGGCCAACACAAUCCAAGGAGGUGCUGGGGGCAGCCCGCAAGUGUCGUCAUGCUUGUGGUGUCAACUAGAAUGUGUAAACCCCACAGGAACUUUGUAAUGAGGAGUUUGCGUUUUCUGUGCAGGAAUUCUCAGAGGAGUGAACUAUACUCAUUAUGAAGGGUCUAAAGCCAGGGGAAGAGUGAAGUUAAACGUGUUUUCAUUAGUUGCCACUGGGCAGCAGAUCCCAACCUGCAACCACACUGUAGGCCCUCGUAUGAAAGCAGGUAUUUGCUUGCAUUCAGAACUAUUCCUAUGAAAACCACCCAGGGCUCAUCGUCACACUCUGGGUAAUGUCAUCAAAAAUGAACACAAAAGUUGUUUACAAAGAGAUUUGCCAAGUUCAGCUAAUUUUUCUAACGCAUCAAUGAGUUUAAAAGGACCUUCUCUCUCUGUUUGGAACCAAUGAAUAGUUUGCUAGAUUUUUCUCUGCAUUUAUACAUUUUUUUUGGACUAUGUAGGGCUGCGGGAUGGGCAGGAUAUCAAACAGUGAGUGUUUGGUAUUGGUGGCAUCUCUCCAUCCUGAUAAAUGAAGAAAGCUUAGCAGGCUGUGGAAAGGAGCUGUGAUUGGUCAGAAGAGUGACGGUGCUGGACCGAGUCGGGCUGAGGGAUGAUGCAGACUGUAGUUUUGCACAGCAUUCUACUGCCUCUGUGCUUGACCCUGAACUUCGACUGGACAAGAGAUCACCGAGGAUCCUUCUAUUAUGGGACCUUCCCUGCUGGUUUCUCCUGGGGUGUGGGCAGUUCUGCCUACCAGACAGAGGGAGCAUGGGAUCAAGAUGGGAAAGGACCGAGUAUCUGGGAUGUAUUCACCCACAAGAAAGGAAAAGUACUCCUGAAUGAAACAGGGGAUUCAUCAUGUGAAAGCUAUUAUAAAUUCAAGGAGGACAUCGCCUUACUGAAGGAGCUGAAGGUCAAUCAUUAUCGCUUUUCCAUCUCUUGGCCUCGAAUCAUACCCACAGGGAUAAAAGCUGAGCAAGUGAAUGAAAAGGGAAUCAACUAUUAUAAUGAACUUAUAAAUGCCUUGGUGGAGAGCAGAAUCCAGCCCGUUGUCACCCUGUACCACUGGGAUCUCCCACAGGUCCUGCAAGAUAGAUAUGAUGGCUGGCAGAAUGACAGUCUGGUUAACUUCUUCAAUGAUUAUGCCAACCUGUGUUUUGAGAAGUUUGGUGAUCGUGUAAAACACUGGAUUACUUUCAACAACCCCUGGUCCAUGGCUGUAGAGGGGUAUGAGCUCGGACAGCAUGCGCCAGGGUUAAAGCUGAAAGGAGUAGGAGCUUACAGGGCAGCUCACAACAUUAUUAAGGCCCACGCGACAGCUUGGCACACGUACGACAGGCUCUGGCGCAGUCGCCAAAAAGGCAUAGUGGGUAUUUCCAUCACAAGUGAGUGGGGAGAGCCGGUGGAUAUUACCAGCCUACAGGAUAUCGAGGCUGCAGAACGAUACAUCCAGUUUAAUCUUGGCUGGUUUGCCAACCCAAUUUUCAACGGGGACUACCCUCAAGUUAUGAAAGACUACAUCGGGAGGAAGAGUUCACAAGAGGGACAGGUUAGCUCGAGGCUGCCCACCUUCACUCCGCAGGAGAAAUACUUCAUCAAAGGCACGGCAGACUUCUUUGGACUGGGUCACUUCACAACCCGUUACAUCACUAGCAAGAAUUACCACCACAGCAAGGGGCCAAGUUAUCACACCGAUCGUGACCUAGUGGAACUCGUUGACCCACAAUGGCCAGACCCAGGAUCUGACUGGCUGUACUCUGUCCCCUGGGGCUUCAGGAGAAUCCUCAACUUUAUAAAGGGUCGCUAUGGUAACCCCAGGAUCUAUGUGACAGAAAAUGGAGUUUCGGAGAAACAUCUGUGUACUGAGCUGUGCGACGAGUGGCGAAUGCAGUAUAUGAACAAUUACGUUAACGAGAUUCUUAAAGCUAUUAAGGAUGGUGUUCAAGUGAAGGGUUACACAUCAUGGUCACUGCUGGAUAAGUUUGAAUGGGACGAAGGGUAUUCAGAAAGGUUCGGCCUUUACUACGUUGACUUUAACACUAAGCACAAAAGGAGGUAUCCCAAAGCUUCAGUUCAAUAUUACAAAAAGAUGAUCAGCUCUAAUGGAUUUCCCAACCGGAGAGAGAUUGAAAUUUGGCUGCGCAAGGCUGCAGAAGCAUGUUCAACCACCAAUGCACUGCUUGCUGCAGAUCCUCUAAUCAAUCAUAUGGAAAUGGUGACUGAGAUUGUGGUCCCAACUGUGUGUACCCUCUGUAUACUCCUGAGUGCUCUUUUACUGAUGUUCUUACUUCGGAAACAAUGAGAAACCUAGACUGCUAUUACAGUAUAUGAUGCUACAUAUGCAAGAAAAAAAGGCUUGUUAACGGUUUGUUUCUUCAGAAAGUUGGUUGAAAUAAGAACAUUUUAAUAAAAAUUGGAUUUGGUAUUUCGUCAGCAUCAUCUUAAAAAAUAUUGUUUUUUUUCCAGUGAAUGAAUAUUAAAUCUUGGAAUAAUAAAAUUAUUUUACUAACAAAACCAUCAUCCAAACCUCCAAUUCAUAUUCCAUGACUGAGGUGAAGGAAUUCACAACAUGGUAAAGGAUAUCAGCAGUUCCUUCCCUAAAGGACACGGUGUACAAUCCAAAGUUAACAACGGUUAACUACUGACACAAGAUAAUAAGUACCACCACCAAAUGCAAUAUGUAUAGUGACAAUGAUAUUAUUUCAUGCCAAAGCCAAUACAGGUCAAGCUGAAUUAAUCAGCCAAGCUUUCAAUGUGUCAUGUUUAAGCCCAUAACAACAUGGUCCAAAAAAUACUGUGUCAGUCAGUUAAACACAUAUUGGUGAAUUAAUAAUAAUGGAUAGACAUGUGCCUAGUUCAUAUUAUAUACUCAAUGACAUAUUUUUGUCUUCAAAAAUAUUUUUAAAUUAAUCUAUUACAUAUUUGGCUGAUAAACGUGACAGUGGUCAGGGGUUUUGUUCAAAUAAAAUUACCUUUGAAAGGCUCAAAUCUUCAGGUAAUAAUUACUAACUUGUAAAAUAGGUAUCAAAAGCAAUUUGAAGCUAAUUUCAAGUCCAUUAUAUGAAAUUAAAACCUCAGCCAGGUACAGGAGAUCAUAUGACAUAUUUGUCACUCGUAGCGUUUGAAUUUAUUUGUGGCAUGCCAAUUCUUAGUUUUUCUGAAAUAAAAUUUAGAUCGCCCUUUUAGUAAUUGUGGUAUAAUUUAGUAAACCGUUCCAACAGUAGAUCAUCAAACUGAACCAUUAGCAACAUAUAUAAAGUGCUGGAGGAACUCAGUGGGUCAGGCAGCAUCUAUGGAGGGAAAUGAAGUCAACAUUUUGGUCCAACACCCUUCAUCAGGACUGGAAUAAAAUGGCAGUAGCCAGAAUGAAAGGAUAGAGGGAGGGGGAGGAGCACAAGCUGGCAGGUAACAGAUGAAUCCAGAUGAGAGGGGAUGGUAGGAAGAUGGGAAGAGAAUAACGUGACAAGUUAAGAGGUGAAAGAAGCAAAGGGCUGAAGAAGGAAUCUGACAGGAGAGGACAGUCUACCAUAGAAUAAAGGGACAGAAGAAGUGAACCAGAGGGAGGAAGAUGUAGGUAAUGGACCGGUCUUGAGGCUGGAGGAGGGAAAGGUUACUGCAAGUUAAAGGAAUCAAUAUUGCUGCCAUCCAGUUGAAAGUCCCAAGAUGGAAGAGAGGUAUUGCUCAUCCAAUCAGCAUCUGGCCUCAAUGUGGCAAUUUAGGAGGCUCUGGAUAGAUAUGUCGGUGUAGAAAUGUGAAGUGGAAUUCAACUGGCUGGUCACCAGGAUAUCCUGGCUGUUACAGCAGAUGAUUAAUGGUGAUGAGAGAUCUUGUUAGAGAUGGCAGAAGUUGCCGAGAGUAAUGUGUUGGAUGUAGAAGUUCAUAGUAUGGUAAGUAAGAACAAGUAGAAAACACUAUCCGUUAUGUCAGGAGGGAUGGAGUGAGGGCACGUGUAGGAAAUGGAGGAGAUGCAGGUGAGGGCUGUAUGUAUAGCAAUGAAGGGGAAACCUAAUCUUCUGGAAAAAAAAAAGAGCUGAUCUUGAAUGUCCUGGAAUGAAAAGUCUCAUCAUGAGAAGAGAUGUGGUGGACAGAGGAGAGCUGAGAGAAGGAAAUGGCAUCCUUGCCUGUGGUAGGGUGGGAAGAACCAUAAUCAAGGUUACUGUAGGAGUCAGUGGGUUUGUAAAAGGUGUUAGUAGAUAUUCUGCCUCCAUCUUCAGAGGUCAAGAAAGGGGAGAGAGGUUUCAGAGAUGGACCAAGUGAAUUUGAGGACUGGGUGGAAGCUGGUGAUGAAGUUGAUGAAAUUGACAAGCUUGGCAUGUAUGUACAUAGCAGCACCAAUGCAGUCAUCAAUGUAAUGGAGAAAGUUAGGGAGCGUUAGCAAUGUAGUUUGGAACAUGGUUUGCUCCACGAAGCCGACAAAAAAGCAGACAUAGCUGGGGCCUAUGGCUAUACCUUUGAUCUGGAGAAAUGGGAAGAGCCGAAAGAGAAGUUAAGGGUGAGUAGAUCUACCAGAGAGGAAGGUAGUGGCAGAGGGUCUGUAACCAAGAAAGAAGUCUCCCUAAUGGUGGAUGGAAUUGUACAGGUACUAGGCAUCAAUGGUUAAAUGAGGUGGUUAGGGCAGGGGAACUAAAGGUGUUUUGUACUCCACAAAUGCUGUCAGCUGAGUAUCUCAGCAUUCAAUUGUUUUUAUUUCUAAAUUAUUUUGCUUUUCAGACCAAGUGUUUUGAACUGGUUACUAAGCAAUACUAAAGAAAGUUUUGAGAUUUCUAAUGUUGAACCUGUAAUCAAUGCCUGUAGUGGGCUGGCUAAUUCCUCUUGAUCAGUAAAAGGUGCAAAGUUAUUAAGCAUUCAAAGU